AUGGGUCACGACGAUGAUGACGACCGGUCCUUUAAACGACGAAAGAUCGAUUUCAACCCACUUCGCUCCGAUGACCGUUUCUCCGAUCUCCCGUCGCGCGCGCCACACAAGGGCUCUAGGGGUACCAAUGGCAACAAUGGGUCCUUGAACUCCCGAGCUUCCACCCCUCGUGUCGGGUCCAAAUAUGGUGGCGGAGAGACACCUCGGCAGAACGAGUUUGACGGCCCCAAACCCGGCGUAAACGACGACGACGCAACCAAUGCCCUCGACCGAGAUUGGUACGGCGGUGACGAUGACCUCGGCGGUCACACGUUUGGUGAUGACAGCCACAACCCCUUCGGCGAUGAAGGCGCUUGGGCGGCUCAGGAAAGGGAGGCGGCCCUGGCGGAAAAGAAGAUCGGGCAGAUGGCGCGCGGUAUGAGCGCACGGCAGAUACAGAAGCAAAAGGAUGUCGACGCCUGGGAGACAAACCGAAUGCUCACUUCAGGCGUCGCGCAAAGGAGGGAUCUGGGGCAAGAUUUCGAGGACGACCAGGAGGGUACCAGAGUGCAUCUCCUAGUGCACGACCUACGACCUCCUUUCCUGGAUGGACGAACCAUCUUCACAAAGCAGUUGGACCCUGUCCCCGCCGUGCGCGAUUCUCAGAGUGAUAUGGCUGUCUUCGCUCGAAAAGGAAGUAAGGUGGUCAGGGAAAGGAGGACGCAACGCGAGCGCCAAAGACAGGCGCAGGAGGCCACCAAGGUAGCGGGAACUGCUCUAGGCAACUUGAUGGGAGUCAAGGAGGAAGAUACCGACAGCGCCCUCCCUAUCGCGGUGGAGGAGGUCGGCAAGAGCAAAAACAUGAACAAGUUCAGUGAGCAUAUGAAGAAGGAAGAGGGUGCCAGCAAUUUCAGCCAAACCAAGUCCUUGAGAGAGCAGCGCGAAUUCCUUCCUGCUUUUGCUGUACGAGAAGACCUGCUGCGCGUCAUCCGUGACAAUCAGGUUGUCAUUGUAAUUGGAGAAACAGGCUCUGGUAAAACGACACAACUUACCCAGUUUCUCUACGAGGACGGUUACGGCAAGACGGGCAUGAUCGGUUGCACCCAGCCCAGGAGAGUCGCGGCUAUGAGUGUAGCGAAGCGUGUUGCCGAGGAGAUGGAGGUGAAGCUUGGCAGCACGGUAGGCUAUGCCAUCCGCUUCGAGGACUGUACCAGCAAGGAUACGGUUAUUAAGUACAUGACGGAUGGUGUUCUUCUACGCGAAUCGCUGAAUGAACCAGACCUGGACCGCUACUCCUGCGUUAUCAUGGACGAAGCCCACGAAAGAGCUUUAAAUACGGAUGUUUUGAUGGGAUUGUUCAAGAAAAUCCUCCAAAGGCGCCGUGAUUUGAAGCUAAUUGUCACGUCUGCGACGAUGAACGCGAAGAGAUUUUCCGACUUCUAUGGCGGCGCACCCGAGUUCACCAUCCCCGGAAGAACCUUCCCCGUGGACAUCAUGUACCAUCGGUCACCUGUGGAGGAUUACGUGGACCAGGCUGUGCAGCAAGUUCUAGCGAUUCAUGUGGGAAAACCAGCAGGCGAUAUCCUCGUCUUCAUGACCGGCCAGGAAGAUAUUGAGGUCACCUGCGAGCUCAUCCGCGAGCGGCUAGAUGCUCUCAACGAUCCGCCGAAACUCAGUAUUCUUCCCAUUUACAGUCAAAUGCCCGCAGACUUGCAGGCCAAGAUAUUCGACAGGGCCGCUCCGGGAGUCCGAAAGGUCAUCGUGGCCACGAAUAUUGCGGAAACCAGUUUGACUGUGGAUGGUAUCAUGUACGUGGUUGAUGCAGGAUAUUCCAAGCUCAAGGUAUACAACCCACGAAUGGGUAUGGAUACCCUUCAGAUUACGCCUAUUUCACAAGCGAACGCCAUGCAGCGUGCUGGUCGCGCCGGUCGCACUGGACCUGGUCAAGCAUAUCAUCUGUUCACCGAGAAGGCCUUCAAAGAUGAGAUGUACAUGCAGACCAUCCCGGAGAUUCAGAGAACGAACUUGAGCAAUACCGUUCUGCUCCUCAAGUCGCUCGGUGUCAAAGACCUCCUUGAUUUCGACUUUAUGGAUCCUCCACCUCAGGAUACCAUCAGCACAUCGCUGUUCGAUUUGUGGGCGUUGGGCGCACUAGACAACCUUGGAGAGCUCACCGACCUAGGGCGCAAGAUGAACGCCUUCCCAAUGGAUCCGCCUCUUGCCAAACUGCUCAUCACGUCGGAGGAAUACGGAUGCAGCGAGGAAAUGGUCACCAUUGUUUCGAUGCUCUCCGUUCCCAACGUGUUUUACCGGCCAAAGGAACGACAAGAAGAGUCAGAUGCGGCUCGCGAGAAGUUCUUUGUACCGGAAUCGGACCACUUGACCUAUCUGCACGUCUACACACAGUGGAAGGCCAACGGGUAUAACGACGGUUGGUGCGUGCGACACUUUUUGCACUCCAAGUCGCUUCGUCGGGCCAAGGAAGUUCGCGAACAGCUUCUGGAUAUUAUGAAGAUGCAGAAUAUGAAGAUGAUGAGCUGCGGCACCGACUGGGAUGUCAUUCGCAAGUGCAUUUGCUCUGGCUACUACCACCAGGCAGCAAAGGUCAAGGGCAUCGGCGAGUACAUCAACCUGAGGACGAGUGUCACCGUCCAACUGCACCCGACCAGUGCACUCUAUGGACUGGGCUUCUUGCCAGACUAUGUGGUGUACCACGAGCUUAUCCUCACAAGUAAAGAGUACAUGUCAACGGUCACCUCGGUGGACCCUCACUGGUUGGCGGAUCUCGGUGGUGUGUUCUAUUCGGUCAAGGAGAAAGGAUAUUCGGCACGGGAGAAGAGGAUCACGGAGACGGAGUUCAACAGGAAAAUGGAGAUUGAGGCACAGAUGGCAGCGGACAAGAAGCGACAAGAGGACCAGCUGCACGAGGAAGAAGAGCUUCAGCUUGUGAAGAAGGCGGCCCCAUCGAAGGACAAGAAAGUGGUCAAGUCGGGUGCUGUGGUAAAACCGGCCAGAAAACGCGCUGGAAGGGGGUUCUAG